AUGGCAGUCCGAUUUUGGGCCAAGAAAAAGGUUGAGCAGCCCAACGAGGCUGACAGCAAUCUGGUGAAGGACGAGAAGCCCGAAAGGGCCAGUUCGCCCUUGCUGGUAUACUUUCAACUUCUUGCGUACGCCGCUGCAACAUGGAAGGAUGUCGCUCUCAUGGUCGUCGGGGCCGUCUGUGCCGCUGCCUCAGGAGUGCCUUUCCCUUUGAUGGCCAUUCUCUUUGGACAGCUCGUAGACGACAUCAACGGUGCGGCAUGUGAAGUCGAUAGCGAGGGCGAUAGCGGUGCCUAUGAGUCAUCCAUCAACGACAAAGUCUUGCAGUUGACCUACAUCUCUAUCGGAGCCCUGGUCUUGAUCUUCGUCCACCUUGUCAGUUGGAACAUUUUCAGCCAGCGACUAGCUCACCGUCUCCGCGAAGACUACUUUUUCAGUCUUUUGCGCCAGGAUCAGGCCUUCAUCGAUGAACACCAGGCUGGAGAGGUCUCGUCACGUCUCAAUAGAGAUAUCCAGACAGUUCAAUCGGGGACUUGUGAGAAGGUGGGCAUGGUCAUUGCCAGUCUCUCCUUCUUCAUCACAGCCUACGUCGUGGCCUUUACCCGGGAAGCAAGAUUGGCCGGCAUGCUCAUAUCUCUGGUCCCUGCUUUUCUUCUUGUCGCUCUCCUCGGUGGAGCUUUUUUCCAAAAAUAUUCCGUCUUCAUGACCAAUGCCGCCACGGCCGCCUCCAACAUCGCGGCAGAAACUCUGUCACAUAUCACCGUGGUCAAAGCAUUUGGUGCUGGAGCACGGCUGGAGGCGAAAUAUGCGCAAGUAAUGCAGGUCAGUCGCACAUUUGGCAUCAAGAAAGGCGCAGUUGCUGCUCUCCAAGCUGGAUUCCUGUACUUCAUUGCCUACUCUGCGAAUGCGCUGGCAUUCUGGCAGGGGAGUCGGAUGAUUGUCGACCUGAUUGAAGGUAUUAUUACCGGUAGAGGGGGUGGUUCGACUGUUGGUCAGAUCUAUACGGUUGUAUUCAUCCUUGUCGAUGCUUGCGUGAUCCUGGGUACAACGGCGCCCUUUCUGCCCCUAUUUGGGAGUGCAGCAGCAGCAUAUGAAACCUUGAAAAGGGAGAUCGCUCACAAGGCGACAGUCGAUGGCACGUCUGAGGGAGGAAGCAUCUUGCCACAUGAUACACCAGGAGCUGUCGAGAUUCGAAACAUCUCCUUUGCCUAUCCGUCCCGUCCAGAACAGAAAAUCCUGCAUGGAGUUGACUUGAAGUUUCCUGCGGGACAGUACACGGCCAUCGUGGGGCCCUCGGGCAGUGGUAAAUCGACAAUUGCUGCGCUUUUGACCCGUCUCUAUGAUCCCAGCCAGGGAGAAAUCUUGAUUGACGGCCUGAAACUCGCGGAUCUGAAUGUCAAGUGCGUACGAGGCCUGGCUAGUUUGGUGCAACAAGAACCCACUCUGCUCAGUCGGUCGAUCUUUGAAAAUAUAUCGUCGGGCCUGAUCAACAGCCAAGUAGCGGCCCACCAGAGACUGAAGCCUCUUCUAAAGGGCGGGAAACUCACAAAAUUCGUGUCUCAAGGAGUCAGCGAUCCAAAUGUCAUUGAUGAGUGCGCCUCAAUGAUGCCUGAGGUCGAGGGUCUAGUUCAUCGUGCUGCAGAACUCGCAGAUGCGCACACCUUCAUCCGGAAGCUGCCGCAAGGUUAUGCCACUGUGGUGGGAACGAUUGGUCAAUCGCUGUCUGGCGGGCAAAGACAGAGAGUCGCCAUCGCACGAGCACUCAUUCGGGACCCUCGCAUUCUAAUCCUUGACGAGGCGACUGCAUCUCUAGACUCGAUGAGUGAACAACGAGUGCAGGAAGCCAUUGAAAGGCUGGCCGGGAGCAGAACCAUCAUUUCCAUUGCACACCGUCUUUCAACAAUCAAAAAUGCCGACAAUAUCAUCGUCCUUCAUGAGGGCAAGGUUGUAGAUCAAGGCACCUACGAAGAACUCCUCUCUCGCCCUGGAAUCUUCUCCGACAUGGUGAAAUCUCAGACACUGGCGAGCGCAGACCACGACGAUCCGGAGCGGGAAGGCUCGAGGGAUAGUAUGCAGGGUGACUCGAUCAACACUUCGACGGAGAAGCUCGCCAGUUUCAAAGAGGAUGAAAAGAAAUGGGCCAAGUCAAGUGAUGACAAGUCCCCGCCAGAGUCCAACGAAGCUCUGCAACCAGGUCAGGCCACGAGCCCGACGACGACAGCUGCAUCCGUAAUGGACUCAACACUAUCUCCAUGGAUGGUGAUCAGAUCUCUGGGUCGAUACACACGGCCCCAAUUGUGGUGGUUGCUAAUGGCGAUGAGUGCUGCCGUCAUCGUUGGACUCACAUUUAUCGCCGCAGGUCUGAUCUUUGGACAUGCGGUGGGCUCGCUAACACCCUGCACGGCUACCAUCCGGCGAAUUCUGUACCUUGGAGAGUUCUUCGGCGGCAUGCUGUUCAUGGUUGCCGGCGUAGAACUGUUCGCCAACUUCAUCAGCUGGUCCUCCUUCGCCGUCGUGUCAGAGCGUCUUCUCUAUACGUUGAGAGUCUUCUCUUUCCGUUCAUUACUGGAGAAGAGCAUCCAGUGGCAUCAAACCAAAGUCACUGAUGCGUCAGAAUUGCUCUCGGUCAUCACCAAGGACUGUGCUGCCAUUGCUGGGUUCAGCGGUUCGACUGUUGGCACUCUCUUCUCCAUCAUGGUCAAUUUCCUGGUCGCGAUCGUCAUGUGUCACAUCAUUGCCUGGAAAAUUGCAGUUGUAUGCUUGACGAUGGUCCCAAUCCUCCUCGGCACUGGAAUCAUGCAGCUACGCACGCAUUCAAAGUUCGAGGAAAGAAACUCGAAGGCCUUCACAAAGGCAGUGGGAAUUUCGACCGAGGCAGUCACCCUGUUCAGCACCAUUGCCACAUUUUCCCUCGAACAAGAUGUCUCUGAAAAUUUCCGACAGGCCCUAUCUGCGCCGCGCAAAGAAAUCGUCAUCGCAGGCAUCUAUACCAACGGCUGGUUGGCCAUCUCCAACAGCACCGCGUUCUUUGUGUAUGCUUUUGCAUAUUGGUGGGGGUCACACCAAGUAAUUAGAGGCGAGAACACGCAAAAGCAGUUCUUCAUCAUUCUCGUCGCCAUGUUGAUUAGCGCCCAGCUUUGGGGACAGGCGUUCACACUCGCACCCGAGAUAUCUCGGGCACGUGCCUCGGCCUCCCGUAUCCUGAGUCUGAUUUUCUCAGAGACAGAUAAGGACGAGUCGAUAGGUGGUGAUGAAAGUUCAGAGGUAGAUUCUGCGAGCCGAGAUAUUGAAAAGUCGGCGGCGGUAGGAGGGACGGAGCCUUCCCGUUCAACGCAAGGUGCCGCCAUACAAUUCCGCACGGUGUCAUUCUCAUAUCCUUCGAGCCCAGACACGACAGUCUUGGAGGAUGUCGCCUUCGAAAUCCAACCGGGUCAUUUUUGCGGUUUGGUCGGACCCUCGGGAGCGGGCAAAUCCACCAUCAUCAACCUCCUACAAAACAUGUACCGCCCUACCUCGGGGAGCGUGGAGAUUGAUGGUGUCAGCGUAUCGCACAGGGACUUUCGCAACGACAUUGCGAUAGUGCCUCAAGAAAAUGCCCUGUUUAGCGGCUCGAUCAAGUUCAAUGUCGGACUCGGGACCAAGCCGGGCCAGGAUGCGACCGACGAGGAAAUCGAAGAGGCUUGCCGACUGGCAAAUCUGCACGAUACUAUCUCAGCGUUGCCCGAGGGUUACGACACGGAAUGUGGUCCUAACGGAACGCAUUUGUCGGGUGGUCAGCGACAGCGCCUGGCCAUUGCGCGGGCCCUGGUGCGCAGACCGAGACUGCUGAUUCUUGACGAGAGCACCAGCGCGCUCGACGCCCAAACCGAGCUGGCAUUGCAGGAGGGACUAGAAUCGGUCAUCCGUAAGUCCGGCAUCACCGUCCUCGCCAUCACGCAUCGUCUGCACACGGUGCUGAAGGCCAAUGUUAUCUUGGUCGUCGAGGGUGGGCGGUUGGUCGCGUCGGGGACGCAUGAACAACUCUUGCGGACCAGUGAGACGUACCGGGUCAAUGCCGAGCAACAAAUGCUGAAAUAG